GUUAAAGACAACUGGAAACUCGUGGAAAAACGGGCUCCGACUGGGGAAAAUAGUUUUAAAUGUUCACCCAACUCGGAAUUCCAAGUUGAAAACUCGGGCAUCUUUGUAGAUCUCCAACUUUCCGUUCUGAAGAUCACUAAAGUCAUGAUUUGACCUAGUUUUUUCCCCGAGUUCCCAGUUGUCUUGAAAGCGCCAUUAUACUUCGACACGACCGACAAAGCUUUCUCCUACUCCAGGCAUCUCUCUCGCUAUACCGGUUUAGCGGAUGGGUGAAGGAUGAUGAUGAUGGAGAGGCCCACGUCACCGUAGCUAGCUGUGCGAGUAUGCGGAGAAAGACUUAGUUAAACACCGAGUUUAAGGUUUGGAGAGGAUUCUAGUGGAUUUGCCAAGUGAUCUGUCUGGAAACUAACCUGAUAAACAAGAUGAAGAGGGGUUUGCUGCGUGGCUUACUGCCAGAGGUGUCUAUCCGACUGCUGCUUCUGGUUGUCUUCCUUGUGACAGAGCAGCUUCCACCCUUUAUUCGUGAGAUCCAGGCAGAGGAGAUGUGGCUGUAUAGAUUUCACAGAGUGGAAAAUGACCAUGUCCCCACCUCUCUCAUGUUUAGCGUGGCGUGUUUCACUCCAUUCCUGGUGAUCCUGCUUUUCACCUUUCUGAAGAGAGUUGAGAGAGGAGACGUGAGAGAGGCCUCGCUAGCGGUGACUCUGGCUCUGGUACUGAAUGGAGUUUUCACCAACGCCAUCAAGCUGGUCGUGGGCCGGCCGCGGCCAGACUUCUUCUACCGCUGUUUCCCAGACGGACAGAUGAACCUGGAGAUGCACUGCAGCGGCGACCCGGAAGUGGUCAUGGAGGGCAGGAAGAGCUUUCCCAGUGGACACUCCUCCUUUGCAUUCACUGGACUGGGCUUCACAGCUCUGUAUGUGGGGGGUAAGCUGCGGUGCUUUAGUCUGGGGGGUCGGGGCAGGGCCUGGAGACUGUGUCUCUUCCUCGCUCCCCUCCUCCUAGCCUUCAUGAUCGCUCUCUCCAGGACCUGCGACUACAAACACCACUGGCAAGAUGUGUUGGUGGGUUCUGGUCUUGGCCUGGUGUUCUCUUGGCUCUGCUACAGACAGCACUACCCCUCUCUCCAGGACCCUGACUGUCACCGGCCACUACGCCACAGAGAGACUGUUCCUGCUGUGCAGGAACGCAAGCUGGCCAACUCCAACUACAUAUUACCUCUAUAGCUGGCCAACUACAUAUUACCCCUAUAGCGCUACUCCAACUAAAUAUUGGAAUCAAAAUCAAAUCAAAUUGUAUUUGACACAUGCGCCGAAUAAAACAGGUGUAGACCUUACAGUGAAAUGCUUACUUACAAGCCCUUAACCAACAAUGCAGUUUAAAAAAAAAAAACAAGUGUUAAAGUAUUUACUAAAUAAACUGAAGUAAACAAUACAUAAAUAAAAAUGAAAAAAAUAAGGAAAUAGAAAAAUAACAGAUAAUUAAAGAGCAACAAUAAAAUAACAGUUACGAGGCUAUAUACAGGAGUAACCAGUACAGAGUCAAUGUGCUGGGGCACAGGUUAGUCGAGUUAAUUGAGGUAAUAUGUACAUGUAGGUAGAGGUAAAGUGGGGUGGGGGGGGGCAGCGCACAAUUAGCCCACUAUUGUCCGGGUUUGGCCGGUGUAGGCUGUCAUUGUAAAUAAGAAUCUGUUCUUAACUUACUUGCCUAGUUAAAUAAAGUUUAAAUACAUGUUGUUGUUUUUUAUUAAGGAGUUUUAUGGCUUGGGUGUAAAAGCUGUUAAGAACCCUUUUUUUUACCGAGACUUGGCGCUCCUGUACCGGUUGCCGUAAGGUAGCAGAGAGAACAGAUUAUGCCUAUGGUGGCUGGAGACUUUGGCAAUUUGUAGGGCCUUCCUCUGACACCGCCUGGUAUAGAGGUCCUGGAUGGCAGGAAACUUGGCCCCAGUGAUGUACUAUGCCGUACACAAUCUGUAGUACCUUGCGGUCGGAGGUCGAGCAGUUGCCAUACCAGGUGGUGAUGCAACCAGUCAGGAUACUCUCAAUGGUGCAGCUGUAUAACUUUUUGAGGAUCUGAGGAUCCAUGCCAAAUCUUUUCAGUCUCCUGAGGGAGAAUAGGCAUUGUUGUGCCCUCUUCACGACUGUCUUGGUGUGUUUGGACCAUGACAGUUCGUUGGUGAUGUAGACACCAAGGAACUUGAAGCUCUCAACCUGCUCCACUACAGCCCCGUCGAUGAGAAUGAGGGUGUGCUUGGCCCUCCUUUUCCUGUAGUCCACGAUCAUCUACUUUGUCUUGAUCACGUUGAGGGAGAGGUUGUUAUCCUGGCACUACGCCGUCUCAUCGUUGUCGGUGAUCAGGCCUACCGCUGUUGUGUCGUCGGCAAACUUAAUGAUGGUGUAGGAGUCAUGCUUGGCCAUGCAGUCAUGAGUGAACAGGGAGUACAGGAGGGGACUGAGAUCACACCCCUGAGGGCCCCCGUGUUGAGGAUCAGCAUGGGAGAUGUAUUGUUACCUACCCUUACCACCUGGGGGCGGCCUGUCAGGAAGUCCAGGAUCCAGUUACAGAGGGUGUUUAGUCCCAGGGUCCUUCAGUUGGACAACUGAAUAGGUAUCCCCCUAUCCUCUUAACUUAGUGAUGAGCUUUGAGGGCACUGUGGUGUUGAACGCUGAGCUGUUGUCAAUGAAUAGCAUUCUCACGUAGGUGUUCCUUUUGUCCAGGUGGGAAAGGGCUCCCGGGCUCCUGAGUAGCGCAAUGGUCGAAGGCACUGCAUCUCAGUGCUAGAGGCAUCACUACAGACCCUGGUUCGAUUCCAGGCUGUAUCACAACCGGCCGUGAUUGGAAUCCCAUGGGGUGCACAAUUGGCCCAGCGUCGUCCGGGUUAGGGUUUAUCCGGGGUAGGCCGUCAUUGUAAAUAAGAAUUUGUUUUUAACUGACUUGCCUAGUUAAAUAAAGGUUCAAUAAAAAAAGGGCAAUGUGGAGUGCAAUAGAGAUUGCGUCGUCUGUGGAUCUGUUGGGGCGGUAUGCAAAUUGGAGUGGGUCUAGGGUUUCUUGGAUAAUGGUGUUGAUGUGAGCCGUGACCAGCCUUUCAAAGCACUUUAUGAAUACAGACGUAAAUGCUAUGGGUCGGUAGUCAUUUAGGCAGGUUCUCUUUGUGUUCUUUGGCAUAGGGACUAUGGUGGUCUGCUUGAAACAUGUUGCUGUUACAGCUCAAAUCGAACUACCUACUACCAUUCUAGUGAAAUACCAUUUACAUACUACCCCUUCGUCCCGGGUUCUUUAUAUCUGGGCAACUCCAACUACAUACUACCCCGAUGGCUCUACUCAAUGAGUGGUUGAGUAACUAGUGGUAGAAAUGGAACCAUGCGCAAAUGUUAACCCUGAGUGGGGAGGAGAGGAACUGUAAUUUUUCAGCCCACCAGGUACCAGGUGCUAAGCUGUCAGUGCUACUGAAAUAAUCUGUAUUCCCUGGAAGUAGGAAAGUCCUCUCAACGCACACACUGGAUUAACCACAGCAGUUAAUCAUUUUUUCCUCAUAUUACGAUAUCCUAUUUGUUUUGUCUGAUUUAUAGUGCACUACUUUUGACCAUAGCCCUAUAUGCCCUGAUCAAAAGUAGUGCACUGUAUAUGGAAUAGGGUGCCAUUUGGGAGGCAGACCCGUCUGUGGAGGUGAGGGUGCACUUUUCUGUAGAGUUCAACACUAGGAUUGCAGUGGCCUAGAAUCACAUUACAGUUUGUACAUUUAGAGUUCUUCCUUUACAUCAGUGGUCACCAACUGGUCGAUCGUGAUCAGAUUUCCAAGCCAUUCCUAGUCGAUCACCAAACAUUUCUGUAAAAAACGCAACAAUAAAGCCUUGCAAUCCAAAUGUUUUUAUUUGUUUCGUGCUUUUCGCGGUAGGUGCACUUGGUUCAGCAGACCAAGCACCGGGAAGUGUUCCCAUUUUGAACCAAUUCAUAUGUCUGAAUGUAGAACACCGCCUACCCGGCAGGCCCAGAGAGCAAAUCCAGUGCACCUAUAGGCAUACCGCUGGCCAAUCAGAUAGCUCAGAUUAUCGUGUCUGCACAGUUUCCUUGCGCCAUAGACUGUAAAAAGAAGCCUCGAACGCACAGCAAAGUUGAUGAUGUGAGAUUUCAAAACGUUUAAAACCAUAACUAUAGAGACUCAACGAAUACAGCAAAGAGCGGCUGUUUUUAUGAGUAAGUUCAUGUUUAAAUUGUUAUUCAGCACUGUCAACAUUUUGUUCAACAGUUUUAUAAUCCAUAAAAUGUGUUCUUGCUAUUUCCACUCACGCUACAACCAGCACUGCAGCUGCAAUGAAUGAGUAUAGCAAAGCUUGCGUUGUUAUUAUUUGCGGCUUGUUUUUUUAUAUCAAGCAAUAUUUCACUUUCUCAAAGGAGUAACAACAUGAAUUGGUGCAUGAGGCAGAAAUCCCUUUUCUUAGUGGAUGGAGGGAGAGAGGAGGGAUGGUGAGUCGGGUGAGAGGCAGCCUCACCACUGCUCCCUGCCUCCCCUCAGACUGAACAUCAGAUACUGUCCAUUUUUAUUUAAUUUUUUUGCCAAUUAUUAUGCUCACUAAGGUGUGUCUCACAAGUAAUACAACAAAUGAUCUAUUACCAGUGUGAUCAUAUACCAACAUUUUUUAAAUAUAAUUUUAAAAUGAUCUGAGAAGAACAACAUUGGCAGGGCAAUUCAAGAGUAGCCAAUAUGCAGUGAUAAUGUAUUGGGCCUAUAGCCUACUGCACAAAUCUCAUUGCUACAAAACUGCUUUCAAUUGUUUAAUGUUGCAUAGGCUUACGUUUAAGUAAUGUGUAUUUAUUCCCGUUCAGUACAGUUGUUUCUGCAGAUAAGUUACUUAGUUGUACUGUGAUGCUGGUAAAACUGAUACCAGUAUGCAAACUGCUGUAUGGCUGACACCAUUGAAAUGUUUGGACUUUGGAGGCAGUUCUGUGAUGUCAGUAACCCCAGUAAAGGCAAUCGAAAGGAGAUGGUUUGGGAUGUGAGGAAGAAACAGAUUCCAGCAGAAACAGCUGACUGACUGAUGUGUGCCUUUGUUCAAUAUUUAUUUAUUUUUUUUACAUUCCUCUUUAAACUAAUAAGCUAUUCACUCAUUGCAUGUACUGCACAUACAGUUGAAGUCGGAAGUUUACAUACACCUUAGCCAGAUACAUUUAAACUCAGUUUUCACAAUUCUUGACAUUUAAUCCUAGUAAAAAUUCCCUGUCUUAGGUCAAUUCGAACAUUCCUCCUGACAGAGCUGGUGUAACUGAGUCAGGUUUGUAGGCCUCCUUUCUCGCACACGCAUUUUCAGUUCUGCCCACACAUUUUCUAUAGGAUUGAGGUCAGGGCCACUCCAAUACCUUGACUUUGUUGUCCUUAAGCCAUUUUGCCACAACUUUAGAAGUAUGCUUGAGGUCAUUGUCCAUUUGGAAAACCCAUUUGCGACCAAGCUUUAACUUCCUGACUGAUGUCUUGAGAUGUUGCUUCAAUAUAUCCACAUCAUUUUCUUCACUCAUGAUACCAUCUAUUUUGUGAAGUGCACCAGUCCCUCCUGCAGCAAAGCACCCCCGCAACAUGAUGCUGCCACCCCCGUGCUUCAUGGUUGGGAUGGUGUUCUUCGGCUUGCAAGCUUCCCCCUUUUUCCUCCAAAUAUAAUGAUGGUCAUUAUGGCCAAACAGUUUUAUUUUUGUUUCAUCAGACCAGAGUACAUUUCUCCAAAAAUAUGAUUUUUGUCCCCAUGUGCAGUUGCAAACCGCAGUCUGGCUUUUUUAUGGCGGUUUUGGAGCAUUGGCUUCAUCCUUGCUGAGUGGCCUUUCAGGUUAUGUCAAUAUAGGACUCGUUUUACUGUGGAUAUAGAUACUUUUGUACCUGUUUCCUCCAGUAUCUUCACAAGGGCCUUUGCUGUUGUUCUGGGAUUGAUUUGCACUUUUCGCACCAGAGUACGUUCAUCUCUAGGAGACAGAAUGCGUCUCCUUCCUGAGAGGUAUGACGGCUGUGUGGUCCCAUGGUGUUUAUACUUGCAUACUAUUGUUUGUGCAUAUGAGUGGUACCUUCAGGUGUUUGAAAAUUGCUCCCAAGGAUGAACCAGACUUGUGGAGGUCUACAAUUUCUUUUCUGAGGUCUUGGCUGAUUUCUUUUGAUUUUCCCAUGAUGUCAAGCAAAGAGGCACUGAGUUUGAAGGUAGGCCUUGAAAUAUAUCCACAGGUACACCUCCAAUUGACUCAAAUGAUGUGAAUUAGCCUAUCAGAAGCUUCUAAAGCCAUGACAUAAUUUUCUGGUAUUUUCCAAACUGUUUAAAGGCACAGUCAACUUAGUGUAUGUAAACUUCUGACCCACUGGAAAUGUGAUACAGUGAAAUAAUCUGUCUGUAAACAGUUGUUAGGAAAAUACUUGUCAUGCACAAAGUAGAUGUCCUAACCGACUUGCCAAAACUAUAGUUUGUCAACAAGAAAUUUGUGGAGUGGUUGAAAAAACGAGCUUUAAUGACUCCAACCUAAGUGUAUGUAAACUUCCGACUUCAAUUGUAUAUACUUUAGUGUAUGCUUCCUUUUUAUACUUAAGUAUUGUCUGUAGAAAACCACUUGGCCGUAGCGCAACUUGAACCUUCACCCAACUCUCAUUGACAUCAAGGAAUGGUUUUCAGGAAACUUCGACUUGCAUGCAUUUUUCAAGUUUUGCCAUUACUGUGUACGCUUACAUUGAUUGUUUUACAUCAAUGUGAUCAAAUAGAAUUGAACUUAACAAUGUGUAUAGAAUUGAUUCCAACUUGUUGUAUUGACUUUUUACUUCAUCCAACGUGUUGUUGGUUAAAUGUUUGUAGACAUGGCGGCGUUUUGUGGAUUGUGUAAGGAAACUCAGGGUGUGUUUAGAAUGGAAUCGGGCCAACAUACUGCUUCUAGAAUGAAGAUGAAGAGUGAGUCAGUAUAAAUGAAUCAGAAUUUAAUUUUGAAUCAGAAUCUGAAGUUAUAGAAAUUGACAAGGGGUGUUUUAUUUAUUUAAAAGUUUUAUUGAAAUUAUAACUGGUCCUUUUACUAAUAAAACUGUACAUGUUUUUUCUUUGUAGCUCAUAUUGAUGUGGUAAUGUCAGUUUGCAAUGAAGAUAAUUCAUUUUAGGGCUAAAUUAAAACGUUAUUUAGUUGCUAGGUUCCUGCUCCAUAGACUACUGAUUGUACCCAAUUGUUUUCAUUUACACGCAACACACUAUCUAUUUUGGUGAAGAUCAUUUAGGCACACUAAUGAAUGUGGUGUCAACUUGCAUGUUCCGCUGCUGAAGAGUCUCUACUUCAUCAGGGUAUAGGGGUUGUUUUAAUAUUAGGCUACUGCUUGUGUCCUUCCAGCUUCCACUUAUCUGCCUUUGCGUGUAGAGGAGACAACUACAAGCUGCUCCUGUUAACACUGUAGACGGAUUGUAUUUGUUGUGAUGAACUUAUUGGUGACACACUUUUACUAUUAUGUUUCUUAAUAAACCACUCAUCUACA